AUGACGGAACUUGCCGUCACAAACCCCGCUGCUUGGCACAGUGCUCAUAACACACUACCAUAUAGCCGUCAUGAUUCGUCGUGCUUCGUGAGUCCAGGGCUUUCUCACGAUCUGCUCUUCAUCAUGCUUAGUCGCUUAAGAUCUUUAGACGGCGAAAGUCCUGAGCAAGUAGAGCAUCUACUUUUUGGGCCAACUGCUGCUGCCGCGCCUGUGUCGCCACCGAAGCCUCAUCGUCACGAACCAGGUGUGGAAACCCAGACGGAAUUCACCUCAGCAUUCGAUCAAAGCAAGGAGGCUCCUCCCUUCCCGUAUGAGUCCCUGGGAAGAAAUCAGAUGCGGCUGCUUCGUCUGACUGGCCAGGCAAAUGGGCAGAUCCGCGGUGAGCUCGUCACCACCAAUUUUCCUCCUGGGUCUAUGUUCUCAAGAACGAAGCCGUUCACGUGUCUUUCCUACAUGUGGGGUCCUCCAUCUACGGUAGACGCUUCUAGCCAUGUGCUCAUCAACGACCACCCUUUCACCGUAUCCCCGAACCUAAAGAGCUUUCUUGCCUGUUAUGUGGCCGAGAAACUUGUUCCCAUCGAUGAUGCUACAGACAACAAGUAUCUUUGGGUUGAUGAGACUUCGACGGGUGCGUAUAUCUGGAUUGAUCAAAUAUGCAUUGACCAGUCGAAUGUGUCCGAAAAGAACGCACAAGUAUCACGGAUGGACGAGAUUUACCGCAACGCAACUGGAGGAACCAUUGUAUGGCUAGGAGACCCUAGAGCGGAAUCAUAUCUAGGGAAGGGUUUGUCAAACGCGAUCUGGGAUAUAACGCGAGAUCUUGUUGAUCGGAUGACGGCACUGGCGGAGAGCGUUCGUGGAUCGAACGACGCGUACACGAUCUGCAAAAAGCAUAUGUCAUGCGAGGACAUGAAAUUCCUGUCCCAAAUCGUAUCGGACAUGGUCAGCAACCCGUACUGGUCACGCAUGUGGAUCAUCCAGGAGGUGCUGCUUUCACCAAAAUUGAAGCUGAUGUACGGUCCGCAUGUCUUUCCGUACGAAACCAUUCACGCUAUUGGCUCCUUCGACUACUACAGGGACUCCACCAACUUUACGCCACCCCGCGUCUACGAGCUGUGGACAGACAAACGGUGGUUUAAGGCCGAUCAAGGUAUGGAACUAUCAAGGGCACUGAAGUGGAUCGAAGGCGAGUGUUGCAAUAAGCGAGACAAGGUUUUCGCUGUCAUGGGAACUGUCAAGCCCGACGAACGAGCACUGCUGCGGAUCGACUACGCGAUGCCAACUGAACAGUUGUUUGCGAACACAUUAAGAGAGAAGGGAGUAACAAGUGGGACAUUUCGUGCAUCAAUCUCAUGGCGGCUAGCGUCAAGAAAUCAGACAUAA